AUGAAUGUCCCAUCGGGAAACACAUCGUCUUCGAUGGCUUGUUUCAUUUCCAUUGGUAUUGGAGGGUAAAGUCUCAUUGUUUCUGAAAGUGCUGCUUGUAGAUAUACCAUGUCGUUUAGUUCUUUGACCGUGAAGAGACUCUCGUUUUUGCUGGUUGGAGAAUCCCCUCGCUGUCUUAAGAUUUCACUUAUCUCACGGAUGAUUUUGUUUUCGACUUCUGGAUGUUUCUGUAUCACCCAGAAGAACCAUAUACGAUCCACAACCAUCUUGUCGACAAACUCAUGGACGACAUCAACAGCUUUCCUGAGACCUUUCUCAUACCCGAUGUCGAAGAACUUCAGGGGUUUCCAUAUGAAAGGAGGAAUCAUGAAUCUAAACAUAGUAGAUUCCGUUGCUUCUUCAAAAGCUUGAGCGAAUGGAACAAGGGGGAGAUCAGAAUCCAGAGUUCCUGGAUCAUCACCUAGACCGGCGAUGCAGAUGUUGUCAAAUGUCAAACGCAAGAGCACAU